AUGAUAAGCAAUAAAAAAGUAGCAGUUAUUGGGGCAGGAUUGAGUGGAUUAUGUUUUUCAAAAUAUAUUAAUCAAAUUGGGGAUUUAGAACCAACAAUUUUUGAAAAAACCAAUGAUAUUGGAGGUGCUUGGUCAAAUUCAUCAAAUAGAAAAUCAUGGGAUAGUUUGAAGUUAAAUACAAAUCAAUUAUCAAUGUCAUUUUCAGAUUUUCUAUUUAAAAAUCAAUUCCCAAAUAAAGAAGAAAUUUUCCCAUCAAAUAAAACAUUUUAUGAAUAUUUAAAAAGUUUUGUUGAAAAUUUUGAAUUAAUAAAUUAUAUAAAAUUUAAUUCAAAUGUUAUUAAAAUUGAAAAGAAUGUGGUUGUAGAUGAAAAUGAAAGUAAUUGUAAAUGGAAAGUUGUAUGGGAAUUUAAUAAUAAUAAUAACAAUAAUCAAUCAAUAAUUUAUUCAGAAAUAUUUGAUUAUGUUGUUAUUUGUACUGGUGCAUUCUCAAAAAGUUCAACAAAGAAUGAUUUAGAGAUUAAAUUGAAACAAUUUAAAGGUGAUAUAAUACAUAGUGAAAAUUAUAGAAAUCCUGAAUUAUUAAAAGGAAAGAAAGUGCUUAUUGUCGGAUCAUCAUUUUCAGCAUGUGAAAUUGCAAAUGAUGUAUGUAAAGAAGUUUCAAAAUGUAUUCAAAUCGGUCAUGAAAAUUUCUAUGCAGUAAAUACAUUUUUACCAAAUGAAGAUGGUAAACAUAUACCUUGGGAUAUGUUAUUUUUCACUCGUAAAUCAAUUUAUGAAAAAAAUAAUAAUUAUAAAACUGAUCAAGAGUUAUGGGAAGUUUCAAAGAAAAUGUUAAUACAAAUUUGCCCAAAUCAAGAUUUAUCCAAAAAUCCAAAUUCUAAAAUACCAAUUAAAACAACACCUGAAAAUCAACCACCAAUUGGUUUUACAGUUUCAAGAAAUUAUUAUGAAAAUGUUGAAUCUGGUAAAAUUAUUACAUAUACAGGUGAUAAUUAUAAAAUCCACUCAGUAGAUGGUAAUUCAAUAACAUUUUCAAAUGAUAAAGGUGAGGUUAAUACUGUUGAUAAAAUUGAUUCAAUUAUUGUAUGUAGUGGAUACCAAAUAGAGUUCCCAUUUUUAGAAAAUGAUGUUUUGGAAGAUAUUUGUUAUGAUUCAAAAGAUCAGUUCUUGCCUAUGUGUAUUUAUGAACAUACUUUUCCAAGUAAGUUCAAAAGUAUUGCUUUUAUUGGUUGUGUUAAAGGAAUAUUCUUAACAGAAAUUGAAAUGUAUUGUCGUUGGGUUUCAUUAGUAUUUUCAGGUAAACUAGAAUAUCCAAAUGAUGAAAAAUUAAGUCAAGGUAAAAAUGAUAUUUUAAAAUUAAGAUCAGUCAGACCUCGUCCACAAUUCCCAAUUCUUGAUUGUGUUUAUCAUUGUGAUAAAAUUGCUAAAGAAAUUGGUUGUUUACCUGAUUUUGAAUCAAUUAAAAUCAAUGAUCCUGAAUUAUAUAAUAAAUUAUGGAAUGGAUUCUUUUGUCAAGCAUCAUAUAAUUUAAUUGGUCCUGGUUCAAAUCCAACAUUAGCAAAAGAAAUAAUAAAUAAUUAUUAUGAAAAUUAUCAACAAUUUAAAAAUUAA